AUGCGGGGCGGCGGCGCCGCGGGCGCGGCCCGCGGAGAAGCGGCUCGCGGUCGCGCUGUGCAGUCUGGUGGCGGCGUGGGCGGCCAGGCGGGUGGCGAUGCGGACGAGGUGGGCGGCAGCCUGUCGGAGAGCAGCAGUGCAGGCUCGGCUGCCGCUCGCGGGACCAGGGCCGCGGCGGGCCGAAGUGGCACGUGCACGAAAGAGCCCAGGGGGCAGGGCCGUGGAGGCGUGGCGAGAGGGGGCGGCCGCGAGAAGCUGUCGUGGAAGGCCACGUUCAUCGACCUGCGCGACGACGAGCGUCAGGGCUCACUCAGUCCUCGGCCUUCCAGCGAGCCCUGCAGCGAGUCGUCUUCUAGAUGCAGCGCGUAUUUCGAUGCCGACCGCAUAUGCACUGCUCUGCUAUCGAAGCAAAUGGAAGAAGCCUGGGCCUCGAACUGCCGGGAGACGAUGAAGAAGCUCCUUUCCGCAGACCCGAAGAGCGACUCCAAGGACGAGACCCAUAAAGAAGGAGCAGACGGUCGCGCUGUUUUGCACGUCGGCGACGCAUGCAGCAGCUUGGCCCAGGCGUCCACAACUGUGACCUACCAAUCGCGCGCAAAAGGCCGGACGGGUGCUAGCACGGAUGCGAUAGGCAGCGGCCUUUCGGAGAGUAGCAGCACAGGUUCGGUUUCUGCGAGCACAGCAAUGCGAGGUAGCGUCUGUGCGAAAUCGCCUUGGAGGCAGCGUCCCGGGAGUGUGGCGAAAAUGGAGGGCCGCGAGAAGCUGUCGUGGAAGGCCACGUUCAUCGACCUGUGCGCCGACGAGCGCCAGGGCUCACUCAGUCCUCGGCCUUCCAGUGAGCCCUGCAGCGAGUCUCCUUCCAGCAGUGCGUUCUUCGACGCCGACCGCAUCAACACUGCUGCGCUGUCUAAGCACAUGGAAGCAGCCUGGGCAUCGAACAGCCGGGAGACGAUGCGGACCAGCCUCGAAAAGCGGCGCUUGUCAGCCGCCGCGGCAGCCAUUGACAGUAUUCCCGAGCAGCUGAGCAGCGUCGUGCACAACAAGGCUCAGAGCCUCGCCGAGAGCGUGAAGACCGACCUGUCCUUGGUGCAGAAGGCCAUUCGCAGCAGCGGUGGGGACGAUGAUGCCGUUGACGUGGCCAUCGACCAGCUGGACAGAAUCCCAGGAAUCAUCCGGAGCUCGUUUGACUCAAAGAUCAUGGAGGCGAACGGUGCAAUACGGAUGAAACUGAGCGCCAUCAUACAGAGGUUCAAAGCGAUGCUCCCGAGAGCCAGGAAAUGGUGA